AUGAAACCUCUCAGCAGCGCAACACAUCCUCUGAAAUUGGGCUAUAUCUUUGGAACAAAGCACUAUCCUUCGACUUCAUAUAUGUACUUUUUCCUACUGGAGAAUUUGCUCAAAACGAUCGAAUUCAGUCGCCUUCGUAAGCAGUAUAAGUCACCUAAUAUUAGUCGAUCAGCAGCCACUCUUCUUCGAAAACAUAUGGAUAACUUAGUGCGUGGACCAGCUCGCGCUACUAAAGCACCUCCUACAGUGAUUUGUUACAUAUGCGGUCGACAGUUCGGAUCUCGAAGUAUCGAGAUACAUAUCCCUCAAUGUUUGAAGAAAUGGGAGCUCGAGAACGAACGACUGCCGAAAUCUAGACGUCGACCACCUCCACCCAGGCCAGAUUGUUUCACCGAGCAAGGUACAAUCCUUGGGACAGUCGAUAAGUACGCAGUGAAUGAAGCUGCAUGGACAGCUUCUCAAGCUGCAUUGGUAGCAUGUGAACACUGUGGGCGCACCUUC